AUGUUAUUAUUAGAACCGUUAUAUUAUGAUAUGUACUCGUUAUAUUAGAUAGGAUGAUAUGCGGAUAAGUGAUAAGCGGGUGAUCAAACCGUCAUGGCAGUUACCCGCCUAAAUUUAACCGCCAAAUUGUAUGUUUAAAUAUCGUUUUACCGGGAACUACCCGGGGUUACCAAGACAAUUUUAUAUGCCAUAGAAUUGUCCUCUCAAUCCUUUAUUUUUCUUGUUUGUAAACUCAAUUUCCUUGUUGCUGUUUGAUAUCCAUUAAAAUGUCUGUUUUCCAUUCGAUCAAUUCCGCUGCAAGUGAUAUUGGAAAUCCAGUUAUUCACCAUGAUGUUAAUUCGGAUUUCCAACAUAGUGGUAUCAGAGCCACUCAUGGAAAACAAACCGAAAUCAUUGAAACCUCUACCACUCUUCCUUGUCAACAUUGCACCGAUGAAAUUAAUGAAAGGAACAAGCGAAUUCCACGUGUUCGCCUGUGUUAUUAUUGUCACUUACCAGGCCAUCAGAUUUACAACUGUAUGGCGAAAGAUAAUGAUGAAACAUCCCAACUGUUAAAGCAGGCCAUCAAUGUUGGGAUCAGACGGAAAGAAGAAGAUGUUCACUGCAAAGAUGAGAUGAUUGUCACCGGCACUGAAGGCGGACAAUGGGCAGGAAUAUGGUAUGUUAAUCCGACGUUCAACCAUCAUUUUUCUGGCAAUAUAAAUGUUUUCAAAAGGGUGAAACACAUGAUGGGUGUAGAGACAAGAUCGGGUAUGAACAAUUUUCUGUUUAUAAGAGGAGUAGGGUCGGUUGAUUUGAAAACAGGGAAUGAAACGCUGAACAUUCAAAGUGUAUAUUAUUCACCGGAAAUUGAUCGUAAUGUCUUAAGCCUUGAUCAACUUACAUUACAAGGUUUUACGGUCAAAAGAUCCGGUGAUAAAUGUAAGAUAUAUCCCAUGUUUUCAACCCCGGUAAUAAACUCAAUAAACGAUAAAACUGGUUUAACGAAGGAGGAAGAAUUGAGUGCAAAUGAGAAACGAAGACUGCAGGAACUGGGAACUGUAGACGAACAAUUCAAAGCCGAAUAUCUGAAUUCUUAUUUUGAGACACUAAAUGUUUCGAAUGAGAAUGAACUUGACUGGAAUUUACUUAUCUUGAAGGCAUUAGAAUUUAAUGAAUUUGCAGAUUGCAAAGCAUUAAUAGAUAUGCUAGAUGAUAGGGAAUAUGUUUUCAAGUACAAAUUAGAUCUGGAAAAGAAGUUUGAAGAAAUGGUUCGUUGGUUCUUGAGUGUAUACAUGGGAGUAACGUCCAGGCCAAUCCCUCCUUAUUCUCCGAACCAAAGGAAGAUUGACUUGUUAAGUCUGUUUAUCUUGGUCAUAAGAGAUGGAGGAUACCGAGAGAUUACUACUGACAACACAUGGCCGAUCAUCGCUAAAGACUUGGGAUUUGAAUAUCAAGAUGGAGACUACAUAAGGAUUAUAUACGCCAUGUAUCUCGACGUUCUGGAAUACUACUACAAGUUCAAGUCAGUCCAAGAGGAAGUUCAUGUAAAGGAAAUGAUGAAUGAUGCAGCAGAAGUCAAAGGGGGUCAUCACAGGAGAACCAAAAGUGCAGAAGAUGCAGCAGUUCAAGAUCAAGGCAAUGGAGAUACAACACAUUAUGCAUUAUUUACUCGGAAGGGCAGUGUGGAUGACUGGAACGUUCACAAAAGGAGGAAACGUUUUAACUUUGAUCACGUCAGGAAGGCUGUGGAUGAUGCUAAUCGCAGUGUCAUGGAACACAGUUAUAACAUAACCAAAGUUUAAGGGGGUUGUGUUAGAAAUAUCAAAUUAUUAAACUUAGUUAUGUUAUUAUUAGAACCGUUAUAUUAUGAUAUGUACUCGUUAUAUUAGAUAGGAUGAUAUGCGGAUAAGUGAUAAGCGGGUGAUCAAACCGUCAUGGCAGUUACCCGCCUAAAUUUAACCGCCAAAUCACUACUAGAAAAUUAAGCAAUUGUCACCAAAGUUUUGCCACCGAAAAAAAAGAAGGUAGCAAUCUAGCAAAUUAAGCGUGCUUAUAGGAUAUGGUAGCUAAGUGGUUGCAAAUUUUGCCACCAUUUAUUUCACAUCACAAAUUCGUGGGAAACUUAUUUAAAUUUGGCCUUAAAAUCGUGCCUAACGAAAUUGGUGGGCCAGAUUUUCGUAAUUGUGACCAGGGAAGCGGUAGCAACAUUAUAAUUCAAUUUAAGGGUUGAAUUGCCACCGUAUUAGUGACCAUGUAAUUUGAGCGGGAUUAUUUUUACUUUUAGGGCGCCAUAUAUUAUCUAUAAUUAACUCACAUAACUGGCCUCUUCCGUAAUUAGGGUUUUCCAUCAAAUGAAUCGAAGAACUGGAACUUUGCAGAAGUUGCUACUGCAGGAUUGAGGUUCUGUUUGUGCUUUUGACAGCCGGAGUUUUUUUCAUAAGAAAGACCUUUUAGAGUGUCAUGAUCAUGUGGAAAACCGGGCCCGAGCUGGAACUGCGACAACCCGUGCUGCGUGACGCCGGUUCUGAUCACGAGCCCGGUUGGCAAAACAGUAGCCGACAUGAUCAGGUUGGGUCAAUUCGGGUCAGAUGAAGCUAUUAGAUGUUGUCACGAUUGCUUAUCGGCUCUAUCGACAGCUGGCACUGCUGGCAUUAGAUAUGGCGACAUUAGACCCGAAAAGGCGAAAACAGUAAGGUGUUCAAGCAAGAGGGUUCAUAUUUGGUCCUCCUAUUGCAUUGGCUCUUGGCGAGAAAUUUGUUCCCAUCAGAAAACCCAACAGCGGCUCCAAUGGCAGGACUGCUAAUUGUGUGUUAUAGAAAGAAGAAGCCAAAACAUGGGCUAACUUAAUAUGCUAUUAUUAAUAAAGGAAAAGUGUACGGGUUAGGCAAUGAUAGUGACACGUGUGUACAUAGCAGAGAAGACCCUGAGAUUGAAAAGUUGAACUUAGUUAUCAAGGAGCUCGUUAAGGAAAAAGAUGAAGAAAAAGAUGAAGAAAAAGAAACGUUCAAUGGAAUUAUUGCGGCGUUGUUGGCUGACAAAGAAAAAGAUAAGGGGGAUAAAGAUGCGUUGCUUGAUAGGAUGUCACAAAUUGAAGCUAUGUUAACAACUGCAGUUCGAAGAUAGGCUAUAAACACUUGGUUUUGAAUGUUUAUAUGUUUAAUCUUAUUAGGAUAAUUUUAGUUAGUUUAUAUUUUAGUUGGUAUUUUUUAUAUGCUUUUGAAAACAAGAUAUUUUAUAUAAUUUUGGGAUUUUAUUA